UCCUCUUUUCCCAGCACAUAAAAGGCUGGGGGGUGCCCCGAACUUUUCCAGCCAUAGCUCCGUCACCAGCCCUCAGCCUCAGUGAGUCCUGACCAGCUUGAGGAGGGGAUUGCAGUCAUGGGGGACCCUUUCAUCAGGCACAUCGUCCUCCUAGGCUUUGAGAAGCGUUUUUCCCCCAGUCAGCACUAUGUCUACAUGUUCCUGGUGAAAUGGCAGGACCUCUCAGAGAAGGUGGUGUACCGCCGUUUCACAGAGAUCUACGAGUUCCAUAAGCUGUUAAAAGAAAUGUUUCCCAUUGAAUCUGGACAAAUCAGCUCAGAGAACAGAAUCAUCCCCCAUCUCCCAGCCCCGCGAUGGUUCGAUGGGCAGCGGACCACAGAGAACCGCCAGGGCACACUGACUGAAUACUGUAACACUUUGAUGAACCUGCCCACCAAGAUCUCCCGCUGCUCCCACGUUCUGGAGUUCUUCAGAGUAAGACCCGAUGACCUGAAGCUCCCCUCGGACAACCAGGUGAAGAAGCCAGAGACCUAUCUGAUGCCCAAAGAUCUCAGGAACAAUGCCUCGGAUAUCACUGGCCCCAUCAUCUUGCAGACCUACCGGGCAAUCGCAGACUAUGAGAAAAACUCCAACACGGAGAUGACCCUUAAGCAGGGUGACUUGGUGGAUGUGGUGGAGAAAGGACAAAGCGGUUGGUGGUUUUGUCAAACGAAGGAAAAACGUGGCUGGGUGCCAGCUUCUUACCUGGAGCCCACAGACAGUCCAGAUGAGUCUGAGGAACAGGAGCCCAAUUAUGAAGGUGAACCUUAUGUCACCAUCAAAGCUUACACUGCCGUGGAGGAGGACGAGAUGACAUUGAAUGAAGGGGAAACCAUUGAAGUUAUACACAAACUGCUGGAUGGCUGGUGGGUCAUCAGGAAAGAUGAAAUCACCGGCUUCUACCCAUCCAUGUACCUCCAGAAGUCUGGGCAGGACAACACCCAAGCCAAGAACCUCAUCAAGAAGAGGGGGGCCCCACCCCGCAGGUCCUCCAUCCGCAAUGCUCAGAGCAUGCACAAGCUUGCCCGGAAGCGCAUCAGCCAAGAUUCUUAUCGGAGAAACAGCGUCAAAUUCAUCCAGCAGCGAAGGAGGAUGAGGCAGCUCAGCGCCCCGAAGGAGGACAGCCAGCCUGAAGAGUCCCCGAAGGCGCCCAUGAAGCCCCAGCCAGCUGUGCCUCCUCGGCCCAGCCAGGACCUCAUUCUCAACCGCUGCAGUGAGAGCACCAAGAGAAAGCUCAUGACAUCGGCCUGAUGCCCAGCCUCCCGGACUCUCCCGGGCCCCAGAAGGCCGGGUUGGCACGUGAUGGGAGGACUUUAUACCGCAGCACAAAGUCACAGGGCCAGGCAGGCUCCAGCUGCCCUGUUCUCGCCUUGCCCUGCCAGCAUUGACCAGCCCACUUGGGGAGCUCCUCUGUCUCUUGUUGCACCUCGGUCUUCCUCCUCCUCCAGGGAGUCUCCCCUGAUCCCAGCUGGCCCCUCUUCCCUCCUCUUUGCUGCUGUGUACAUAUGUGUGUAGUCACUGGGAACUGUCUGCUUCUGUUUUCUCCCCACCUCUAGGCUGUGAGCCCUGGAGGGCAGACGCUCCUGCCCCUCGGAGCUCUCUGUACUGCCCAGUCUCUUGGCAGCCGGCCCUCAAUAAACACUGGUUGAGGAGUACGAA